AUGAGUGCACUACACGAUUCUGCCGCUUCCCUUGUAAGAAGUCUGGCGGGAAGUCUUCACAGCAGCUUGAACAGUCUCAGUGGACUGGGUGGUGGCGAUGACUCCUUCAGUGAAUCUCCUGAGAUAGAAGGAAGCCAACUUUCUUUGGAAGAUCAACUCAUUCGCUUGAAAAACAACGAAUAUCAGUGCUACUGUCGAUUGAAAUCACAAGUUGAGGAGGCAAACAUUGGGCGCUUUGUCAAUGAUGAAUUAAUCUUGCAUUUUGCACAAUGCUCUCCCGGCAAGCCCUACAACAGCAAAACUGCCUGGGACGUCAUUCGUGGAUAUGACCCCCACAACUGGAGCCUGAAAGCAAAGGAUCUCUUGCCUCAGCUUGAAACACAAACUCUGUUCCCGCUACCAGGGUUGAGGUCUUCUGAGGAUCACGCCAUGUUCUACAUGAACCCUUCGAGAUUUGUCCCGACAGCUGAUAAUGAGGAGACUAUUGUUGAGAACUUGGUUUACGUUAUAAAAUCAAUGAGGGAGAAUCAUACAAGGAAUCGCACUCAUGGAAUAGGUCUCCUAAUCAACAUGGACGGUUGGGAACCAAAGAACUUUUCCAAGACUUACUGGGUUCAAUUCAUGAGAAUACUAGAGGGGACCGUCGUACCAGCGAGAAUCGAAAUGGUGUUGAUUGUCAAUCCUCCAAAAAGUGGGGGCUUUCAUUCCGUCUUCAAAUUGAUGAAAGCAACCCUGUCGAAAGAGUUUCUGGAAAAGAUCCAUCGGAUUCCAGAAGCAGAGCUUCACAAAUACUUGCAAUCUGACUAUGCAUUCUAUUUGCCGGAAGAAAUGGCAGAGGGAUUGAUACCUGCCGACGAAAUAGUCACAACCUGGAUCGCAGAAAGAAUGGAAAAGGAAGCAACGUUGGGAUUGGAGCUCUAA